AUGUCUAACACCAGGGAACAUAUCGAAACUGCAUCUGCGACGAAUGGCACAACCAAUCCAACCACCGACGUCGUCAUAAUCGGCGCCGGUCUCGCCGGUCUGACCGCCGCCCGCGAUGUCCUCGCCGCAGGACUCUCCUGCAUAAUCCUCGAAGCCCGCGACCGCGUCGGCGGCAAAACCUGGUCUCAAUCGCUUUCCGACAAUAAAGGCGUAGUUGAUCUGGGAGCUGCGUGGAUCAACGAUGUCAAUCAGACUCAAGUGUACGCAUUGGCUAAAAAGUACAAAGCGGAGUUUAUUGAGCAAAACACCACGGGUGAUUGCGCUAUCCAAGAUGCAGAGGGUGAGAUAGGCAAGUUUGCUUAUGGAGAGUUGCCGCCUUUCGACGAUGCAGCAAAAGUAGAUGUUGCCCGCAUCCGCGAUAUGUGCGAAGCCGAUUGCCAGGCCCUGGACACCUUCAACCCAUCCUCCGAUACCCUGGACUCCAUGACUUUUGAGCAAUACCUGCUUUCCCGCAACGCAAGUCCCACAGCACUUUCCACAGCAACAGUCUGGACGCGAGCAAUGCUGGGCCAGGAACCGAAAAACCUGUCAGCGCUUUAUUUUCUCAAUUACUGCAAGAGCGGCGGUGGAUUGCUGCAGAUGCGGUCGGAUAGAAAGGGUGGAGGCCAGCAUUUGCGCGUUAGACAAGGGAUGCAGUUGUUUUCGUACGGUUUGGCUGCAGAAAUGCCAAAGGGUGUGAUUGAGCUGGAAACUGCAGUGACAGCUAUCAACAAUAAUACUGGAAAUGGGCUUCUGGAAAUCCAUGCGGGAAACCAAGUCAUCAAAGCCCGCAAAGUGAUUAAUACUGUUCCAACACCAGUAUUGCGAAAUAUUUCUUUUUCGCCAGACUUGCCAGAGGGGAAACGGACGUGGGUGGAAGCGACAACAUAUGGCUACUACACAAAAGCAAUGAUGGUAUUUGCCUCGCCCUUUUGGGUGGAAAGGGGCUUUUGCGGUCUUACGCAAUCAUUCAUCGGUCCGGCGGGAGUGAUACGAGAUACUUCUUCGCCGGACGACGAUAAACACAUCUUGACUUGUUUCCUCGGCGGCACACCUGGAUUCGCAUGGUCUGAUCUCUGCACUGCUGACCGCGAAAAAGCACUGCUGCAGCAGAUAGCACGACUCUUUGGCAUCAGUAGAGAAACUGCAGAAAAAGAGUUCUUGCAGAUGGUUACUUAUGAGUGGUCGAAGGAUGAGUAUUCGGGAUAUGGAUGUCCUUGUACGGUGUUACCUCCUGGUGUGCUUUCGAAGGUUGGAGGAGGUAGCCUCAGGGAACAAUGGAAAGAUGUGCACUUUGCGGGUACAGAGACUGCUGGAGAGUGGAAGGGGUAUAUGGAAGGUGCUGUGAGGAGUGGAGAAAGGGCAGCCAAAGAAGUCAUCAGCGAUCUCAAAUGA